CACCCACCACCCAAACCCCCCACCCCCCCGCCCACUCAGCCCCCCACCCCCCCCCCAACACCACCCCCCCCAAAUUCCCAUACCUCCCACCCACCCCCAACAAACCACCCCACACCCCCCGCCAUCCCAGCACCCGACCCCCCUCCCCUCCCACCACCCCACCCCCACAUCCCUCCCACCCCGGCCCUACCCCCAACCCCCCCCACCCCCCUCCCUCCCCACCCAAAACCACCCCCCCCAACCCCCCCCCCCCCCCCCCCCCCCCCCCCCCCCCCCCCCCCCACCCCCCCCACACACCCCCCCCCUUUUUUCCCCCCCCUCCUUAACACCCCCUGCCUCCCACCUCCCAACCAACCACCCCCCCCCCCCCCGCCCCCCCCCCCUUUCCCCCCCCCCCCCCCCCCCCCCAACUCCCCCCCCCCCCCAAACCCGCCACCCCACCCCCACCCGCCCCCCACACCACCCCGCCCCCCCCCAACCAACUCACUCCCCCACCUCCCACCGCACACACCACCCCCCCACCCUCCCCAGCCCCCCCCACCUCCCCCCCCACCACCACACACCCCCCCCCCCCCCACCAAACCCACAUCCCCACCUCCCCCCCCAACACCCCUCCCCCCAGGCGCGCCCCACCCCCCCCCCCCCCCCCCCCCGCCCCCCCCCCCCCGCCCUACCCCCCCCCCCCCCCCCACCCCGCCACCCCCCACCCCGCACUCCAACCACUCACCACUCCCCCCCCCCCCCCCCCCGCCCCCCCCAGCUCACCCCCCGCCCAACACACCCCCCCCACCCCGCACCCACAAAAGCCCCCCACCCCCACCCCCCCCCCCCCCCCCUCCGCCCUCCCCCACCCGCCAACCCCCCCGCACCCAACCGCCCCCACUCCCUCCCCCAAACCCACCCCCGCCCUCCCCCCCCUCGACACCACCCUGCUUACUAACCCACACCCCCCCCCCCCCCCCACCGCCACCCACCCCCCCGCCCCCCCCCCCACCCCCCCCCCCCCCCCGCCCCCCACCCCCACUCCCCCCCCCACCCCCCCCCCCUAUCAUUGAAGAAGUUAUGCGGAACAUCAGCUCAACUAAGUACAUGACCAUGAUGUACAUCACCUCAGGGUAUAUUCAGAUAACGAUGAAACCUGAUGACAUGUCAAAAACAGCAUUCAUCACGAAAUCAGGCACUUAUGCAUUUCUUAGAAUGCCUUUCGGCUUAU